AUGCUAGAGGUGCGUCACCAAGUGGUACCUGGACGAAGGCGAUAUGUUAGUGGGGAAAGCGGUGUAGCUUCCGCGGGGCAACCAGAGAGAGAGAGCUGUGGCUAUGAUGUUAUCAAGCCACAGGCGGCUCUUGAGGCUCAAGCUUCACACGUGAACCUCUCCAACUUUCCCCCAUCAUCGCUCCACCCUAAAGACACGGGAAACGUCGGGCCUGGCGACGCCUCACUAACAACUGCGCCUCACCUCACCGAAGCUCUCCAACCUCCAACAUCAACGUCGACCAACCCCGCCGAGCUCCGUUCUCAAUCCCUCCGACCCUACCUGCAAUGCGUACGCAGCAGCUUGACCGCCGCGCUCACACUGUCCAACUUUGCUUCCCAGACCGCCGAGCGACACAACGUUCCAGAGAUUGAGGCCCAGACGUCCCCCGAGGUCCUACUUCAGCCCUUGACCAUCGCGCGCAACGAGAACGAGCGUGUCUUGAUUGAGCCCAGCAUCAACUCCGUCCGUAUCAGCAUCAAGAUCAAGCAGGCCGACGAAAUUGAGCAUAUUCUGGUCCACAAGUUUACAAGAUUCUUGACGCAACGUGCAGAGUCCUUCUUCAUUCUGCGGAGGAAACCCAUCAAGGGUUAUGACAUUUCUUUCCUGAUAACAAACUUCCACACCGAGGAAAUGCUGAAGCACAAGCUUGUCGACUUUAUUAUUCAGUUUAUGGAAGAGGUUGACAAGGAGAUCUCUGAGAUGAAGCUAUUUUUGAAUGCUCGAGCACGAUUCGUGGCCGAGUCUUUCCUUACACCUUUUGACUAA